CCUGUCUCCCCAUAUGUUUUUUGUCUCUUGAUAUGUCAUCCUAAAAAAUUUGAUUCAACCAGAUUGAAGCAGUAUUUAACACACCAACACUCUCAUUACUGUCUCUCCAUCAAUAUUAGGGGAUGUCGACGGAGAAUUACUCCGAAGAGAUGAGCGUGAAGAAGGGGCCGUGGACGCCGGAAGAAGAUCAAAAGCUUGUAGACUACAUUGGAAAAAGUGGCCAUGGAAGUUGGAGUGCACUUCCUAAGCUUGCAGGCCUUAACAGGUGUGGAAAGAGUUGCCGCCUCCGCUGGACUAAUUAUCUCCGGCCUGAUAUAAAGCGCGGGAAAUUCUCCGACGAGGAAGAACACACCAUCAUCAACCUCCAUGGAGCUCUAGGCAACAAGUGGGCAACAAUAGCGACACAUCUUCCGGGGCGUACCGACAACGAAAUCAAGAACUUUUGGAAUACAAAUCUAAGGAAGAAGCUAAUUCAGAUGGGGAUUGAUCCAGUUACACACAGGCCAAGAAUCAGUGAUGAUCAUUAUCUCAACAUUAAUGGUGUUCUUUCUAAUCUACCACAAUUGCUUGCUACGGCUAAAUUGUUGAACAUAUGUAAUGUUCUAAGCACAACUACUCCACCCCUACCACCACCACCUAGUGUGGAACCACUUAACCUACUCAUGAUGACGAAUUCUCAUCACUCUCUUGUUCAUCAAAAUUACUCAAAUUUUCCCAUCUUUGAACCCUAUCAAGGUCUAUCGAUUACGGAUUAUGAUCCGCGGAUGAAGCAACAUGAUGGAUCUUUAUAUGAUCCUUCAAGUAUACUUCCUCCAUUGGUUUCAUCACCAUCAACUGAUCAGUGCUCUACUGUGAAUAAUUGCCAAAUCAACCCAAAUGGGAUUUCUAAUAUUCCUUCAUCAGCUUCGACCAAGUUUGAAGGUUUGGGAGUUUUCAUGGAUGAUAUUGAAGCAAGUGACGAGUCCUACUGGAGGAAUAUUAUUAUGGACCAAGAGUACUCUUCAUCACAGCCAUGGCCGAUCUCCCAUUGACAUAUAUACAUCCUUCUGGUGGACUAUAUAUAUAUAUAUAGUCAAAUCUGUACACAAGAAUUAUUUAUGGGUUUGUUUCCUAUGUAAUUUUUCAAAUAGAGGUGUGAAUAGAUUUAGAGAGAGAAUGUAUUUAAAAGUCACAAGAAGGUAGCCUUGAUUAAGUCUUGUGAA